CACAACCAAGAUGGCGCAAAUCUGCAGUCACCCCCCCACUCUGGGGGCGGGUUAAAGUCGGUGACGUCACCACGGGGCGCGGAAGGCGGUGACGCUCGCUUGGGGAUGGCGGGAGAUUCAGGGCGUGGGUUGGGUUGUGUUUAUUUCGCUUUUUAAAUAUUGUUGUUCGGAGCGCAAUUGAAAUAUCGUGAAACAGUUAGGGGAUGCGGCUGUUUUGCUUAUCAGGCAAGAUAGUAAGCAAAAAGUUGCAAUAGCCGAGGAAAUAUCACAUAUAAUACAAUUUUAUAAACCUCGGCAGUUAUACUGGUGCUGACUGGCGAUGGCGGACUCUCUGGCCGAGAUGAGCCACAGUGAGGACGAGACUCAGGAGGAGAUGACCCCGGCGGAGCUCGUUACUAGACUGGAGGAGAUCUGGUUAAACGAGAAGUUCUCCCCUGAGCUCUUGGAAAAUAAAUCCGAGAUCGUGGAGUGUGUGAUGGAGCAGCUGAACCACAUGGAGGAGAAUCUCCAGCGAGUGAAGGGUGUGGAUCUGCGAGCGGGUGUGCACCGCAUGGAGACGGAGAGGAUCCGCUACGUGCUGAGCAGCUACCUCCGCUCCCGGCUUCAGAAGAUUGAGAAGUAUUUUCCCCACAUCUUGGAGAAGGAGAAAUCUCGUGCCGAAGGGGACCCGUCCCGUCUGUCUCCAGAGGAAUUCGCGUUUGCAAAAGAGUACCUGGCCAACACAGAGACCUACCUGAAGAGCGUGGCGCUGAAGCACAUGCCCCCCAACCUGCAAGCUGUGGACCUGGGCAAAUCGGUGCUGAAGCCCAAUCUGGACUCCUUUGUGUUCCUGCGGGUGAAGCAGAGGCAGGACAAUAUCCUGGUGGAGCCGGAGACAGACGAGCAGAGGGAGUACGCCAUUGAUUUGGAGGAGGGAUCCCAGCACCUGAUGCGCUACCGCACCAUAGCACCCCUAGUGGCCAGUGGAGCUGUGCAGCUCAUUUAGGAGAGCAGUGUUGCCGGCUCAGUGCUUGAAAAGCUUUCUCUACUGCCUCGUUUCCAAAGAGCUUCCUGAACACACAGCAAACAAUCUGGGGACAAAACCGGGUUGCUUUCUGAGUUUGCAGCCGCUUCUUCUGCAAAGACACGGCUUCUAAUGAUCUCCGUAUCCCCCGGUUUCCAGAGGAGGCCAGGCUGAUCGUCGACACGUUGACGAGAGGAGUGGCCCCCGUGGCUGUGUAAACCUGCGUGCCGUUUUGUUUUAUUUUCAGUGUCUGCGAAUGGUUGGACACAGCCAGGCAAUAUCUCAGCAAAGCUCCACUCCUAAACCCUGCUCCGCGGAGCCGGCUCCCCUCCACCCCGUCCCUCUCGCUGGCUGUGGUGCUUUUCUGACUAGGACUAAGCCCAGACCAUCCAACUCGUUUUGAGUUGUGCCCGAAGCCGAACCCAAGCCCACAGAGGCUGGUGCGUUAACCCACUGUGCCAGCUGCCCCUGCAAGCCUCAAACAGACAGGGACCCCCCUGAUAGCCUUUCCAGACACUUUCACGCCGUGUCGUUUCAGCAUCAUCGCCAGAGAGCGGAUUCAGCAGCACUUUCAAUUCCUACUGAAAGCUGUAAGAGAUGUCUUGUAAUAAAGGUCCUGUUCAGCGGGGAGUCUGUUAGA